CCUAUGAACAUGGAAUAGUUUUCCUCGGAAGUGGGAGAUCAGAUGCCUUGGAGUUCUUAUGUGAGUUUGCACCAGGCCUGAGAUUCUUGAAAGCGGGUCAUUGGCGGCAGUGUAGGACAAUAUGACAUUUGACUUUAUUCUCUGAAGCUGAUUGUGCAGACAUCAAAAGAAAUCCAGCUACAUCCAAAUUUGUUGAAUGAUUUUAGUACCUUACAUAGACUGCUCAAAUAAGGUGUGGUUUAAGCCUAGCCGGCAACUAAGCACUACGAAGCCACUCCCUCACUCCCCCUCUGAUAGGGGAGAGAAUCAGAAGACUAAAAGUGAAGUUUUUUUCCUUCUCAGUAGACCCAGUGCGUGCUGCUGACAUCGCCUUGAUAUUACACUGAUGGAAUCAUGCCUAUUGAUAAGUUGAAGAGCAUUCAAGAUUGCUGAAGGUACCUCAGAACUGAAUUCUUCUGAAUACAGUGACCAUGCAGGAUGAAAGAAAGAUUAUCUUCUGUUUUGCAAAUACUUGAGUUUGUUCUUUGUAACGACAUGGUUUAUUGUGAAAAGUGAAAGAAGACUCUUUCUGGACACUUUAAAGAUAGCUGGUAGGCAUAGCAAAAUGCUUUGUUUGAGGCAGGUUUGCUUGUUUACGCUGAGACAUUACCAAGUUCGGACUCUGAGCAGUGAUCUGCUUUUGAGCCAGAUAAACAGCUGCACCCAUGAAGAUGAAGUGUUCAGCCUUGUUGGAAGGAACAAGGCCGGGCUUUCUGAAAAACACGUGGGAAUUGCAUUGAACAUGCUGUGGCAAUUGCAAAAGAAGAGGCCACUUUUCUUAAGGACUAGUGACUAUAUAAGAAAUCACUCCCAGUUUCUCACCCUUUGCAUUUUAGCAGAAAACAAGGUGGAACAAAUGGAAGAUGAGGCCAUAGUGGACACCCUAUAUAGUAUUCUGAGGCUCAAUGUUGAAGACCACAAUUCUCUAGCAGAAGUGCUUGUUUCAGAAGCGUGGAAAAGAUUAGAAAGGCUUAGUUUUCCAGCUCUGUCUAAAUUUGCAUUGUGUUUAUACAAGCAACGCAGACAUUUCAGUCCCGUAAUUGGCAAAAUAGCUCACAUUGUGGACAUGAAACUGGAUUCUAUACAAGAUAUAAGGAUCCUGUCGGUUUUGAUGGUCAGCAUAUCUGAUGUUAUCUCACAGAGUUUUCGAGAUCGAUUACUACAGAAGGCUGGACAGCUCUUGGAAGAAAAGGAUGAAGUCCACUUCAACUAUGCCAAAAGAAUACUACAGUUUCUUCAAAAUGUUAAACUGAGAUAUCAUCCAUUGCUAGAAAAAUGUAACAAGACUUUCCUUAAAAGUGCCCCCUGUCUUGAUAUACACAGUAUCAGUCUUAUUUUUGGACUAUACGAGCAGAUGGGUUUUGACAAUGUUGAAUUCCGCUUGGUUGCUAAACAGUUGCUGUCUGAAACUAUAGAUGAUUAUUAUGAUCCUGAAACCUUUGCAAAAUUAUUUUUUACUCUUGGGCCUAUGGCAGGAUCCAAGGUAAGAGAAAGGUUGCUGGUAACUGCAGCGCGCAUGGCAGAAGACUUUAGCAGUCAGCAAGUAUUGGUAAUACUGAAGACGAUGCAGAAAAUGAAAUGCAGAAAUUCUCAUCUACUCAAAAAAAUGGCUUCUAUUCUGCACAAACACUUGGAUAGCUAUCAUGUAUUACAGUUGGUAAAGUUAACACAGUACUUGGUGGUGUUGCGUUGCCACAAUCUGGAGCUGUUUGCCAAACUAAAAAUGUUACUAUUUGGUUUUUUAAAAUCUAGCGUCAUACCUGCUGAUACUGCUGCAAUAAUUCGUGUUCUGGCCAUGCUUCCUUCCUUUCAAGUGGAGGAAAUCAUUAUAAACAAAGCAGCAGCAGUUCUGCCUCAGUGCAGGCUCCAUCAUUUGAAUUGCAUUGCUACAGCUCUUGUCAAAUGGAAUCAUUAUGACCAGUUGCACUGGCAAAACAGAUCUGAGCUAUGUGUAAAGCUUCUGCAAAAACUAAAUGACUGUGGAUUUCAGAGGCUUCAAAAAGCCAACAACUUAAAUCUUCUGUUGGAAGAACUCACACAUGCGAAUGGAGAGUGGUUUGAAGAAGUCCUCAGUGAAGAAGCUGUGGCCGUGUGUCAAUGUUUGGCAGACCAAAUAACAUGGGCAAAUGUAUUACAGUUGUCUUGUUUUCUCAUAAAAACAAGCCAACGUUGUCCUUUGUUACUUGAUAGAAUAGCUUCUGUGACUGUUGAAAAUAUAGGCAAGAUCCACCCCUUUGAAAUCUAUUUUAUUCUCUUCCUUUUCUCUGCUCUGAAUUAUGACCCUCCUGCCAGUGAGGAGUUCUUUGAGAGUUGUAUCCAACAUCUUACUUCUAAAUUGAGUUCUUUUGAAACUUAUCACUUGGUGCUGCUUGGUCAUGUUUUGGCAAUGGCUGGAUAUUUUCCUCCAGUUCUGAUAACGAGGAUAUUUAAUGUUUCUUUCCUAAGCAAAUUGGAUGCUCAGCUUGAAGUCCUGCCUGAUACCCUAAAGCAGAGGGUCCGCUUGUGCCUCAUGAAACUGAACAGAGCAGUCUGUCUGGAAUGCCCAGAGUUUCACAUCCCUUGGUUUCACGAAAACUACUGCCAACGUGUCUUUCGUAACAGCAGUAGCCGAAUAAAUCCACUGCGACAACAUGUUCACAGAAUGCUGACAGAGAUCUUAGGAGGGAGCCAUUAUGCAAGAAUAUCUGUUCUCACAACAUACUACUAUGAAAUAGAUUUUGAGUGCAUUAUGGAUGAAAAUAAAAAGCCUCUAUCCUAUAUGGAUGGUGUGGAGGGAAUACACUUGAGACAUGACAUCAGGGAUGAAGGGAGAAAUGCCCUGCCACCAGGAGCUCAGAAAAUUGCUUUGGAAUUUCUUGAUUCAAAAGCAUUUAGCAAAGAUUCACGUCACCUGAAAGGAGAACCUGCAGUGAAAAAACGACACCUGGAAAUGCUGGGGUACCGAGUAGUUCAGAUUCCUCACUUUGAAUGGAAUUCCAUGGUUCUGUCAACAAAAGAACAGAGGAACUGUGGGUGACUGUCGGGGGAGGGUGUUGUGUGGUGAGAACCUCCAGCUGCUUUCUCCUACCCUGUGAUGUGGCGUGUGCAGAAGUGUGGCUUGAGCCUUCUGGAACACCUUCACAUCCUUAAAAGAUAGACUAGGUCUGGCAGCCCCCCAGACUCUUGAAACACCUGUACUCCAAUUCAGUGCAACUUGGAAGGGAUACCUGGAAGACUUGCACAAGAUAAGGAGAAAAUAAUGCUUAUGUCAGACAUAGGCACUUCCUAGCAACUGGAUAAUUCAUAAAACUUAUUAUUAUGGCAUUAUGAAUGGGACUUGCCCUUGCUAAUAGAAAUAAACCAAAAUUAGACAAACCAUCUAACCUGCCUGUUCUAUAAAUAAGACGGUGUACAAAAGAGCAAAAUUAGGCUGAAAAGUAAAAGCAAGAAUCAAGACCAAGAAGUUUUCAGAGUGUGACAACCAAAUUAGUUACUGGUGGUGAAAAACAUUCCUGGUUUAUUUAUUAUGUUUCAAAACCAUCUGCCAGUUGCCAGGCUUCCUGCGAUUGCACUCAGACAGGGUUUGUGUCAGGAGGCACAAGAUACUGAGAUGUAGAAGGAAAAAGUGGAAUAGUCAGGAGAAUGUUCACUGUAGAGCAGUAACUGUAGAGUGGUCAUACUUCUGCAAAUCAGCCCACUUUCAGAGGCAGCCAUGUUGUGACUACAGCCACCGUUACCUCGUGACGACUGCUUGCUGUGCCCAGCGCUCACACACGUACAAUGUGUGUACGUUUCCUUGCCUUUCUAGAAGCAGUAGACGUUCUUUUUACUACUUCCUUUGCAGCCUGGCAGAGGUAAGCAACUGCAUUUCUGAAUUGACCAUUAUGCACCUGGCUGUCACAUUUUUACUACUCUGUAGUAGAAGAAAGUAUU